GAUGUCAGCAGUUGUGAGCUGGAUAUAAACCGCAGCCUCCUCCACUUUCACCCUCUUCUGUGUCAGAUAAACCCUCCAGCAGAGCCCAGCAGCUGCAGCAGCACCAAACAGCACAACAUGACCUCCGCCGCUCAGCCCAUUUUCUCAAAGGGAGAGGACUGCAAGUCCACUUGGCACGACGCGAGCGCCGGGUACAAUGAGGCCGACACGCACCUGGAGAUCAUGGGCAAGCCCGUCAUGGAGCGCUGGGAAACCCCGUACAUGCACUCCCUGGCGACGGUCGCAGCCAGCAAAGGCGGUCGGGUUCUGGAGAUCGGUUUCGGCAUGGCCAUCGCCGCCACAAAGCUGGAGUCCUUCCCCAUCGAUGAGCACUGGAUCAUCGAGUGCAACGAUGGAGUCUUCGCCCGUCUGGAGAACUGGGCCAAGUCUCAGCCGCACAAGGUCGUCCCUCUGAAGGGCCUCUGGGAGAACGUGGUUCCCACCCUGCCGGACAAUCACUUCGAUGGUAUUCUCUACGACACAUAUCCUCUCUCCGAGGAGACGUGGCAUACUCACCAGUUUGAUUUCAUUAAGGGUCACGCUCACAGGCUGCUCAAACCCGGCGGCGUCCUCACCUACUGCAACCUGACCUCCUGGGGCGAGCUGCUCAAGACCAAAUACGACAACAUUGAGAAAAUGUUUGAGGAAACCCAGGUGCCCCAUCUGCUCCAGGCCGGCUUCAAGAAGGAGAAGAUUAGAACCACCACCAUGGCCAUUGAGCCACCCACUGAAUGCAAAUACUACUCCUUUAAGAAGAUGAUCACUCCCACCAUUGUGAAGGAAUAAAAAAAAAGACCAAAACAUUGCUGCGGCCUUUUUAUAUUCACAUGUGCCUUUUAUCCCCUGACACUCGCAUGUAUUUCGCUCUACAAUGCUUUAAUAAAACAAACUCCAUGGCUACA